AUGACUUUUGUCGCGUGGUGCUCGUGUUUCGCGUCACGAUCCGUUUGGUUUAGUCUCACCGGGAUGGUAGUGGUGCAACCUAACGUCGAGGUGCGAGUUCGUCUGUUCGGUCGCAACCUUCUGCUCGUACAGACGCUAAUGUUCACGACGAACGAGAACGAAUGCAGCGACGUCGGCCUCGGCCUGUCGAUUCCAAGUCAGGAGUUCAAGCCGCUGGACCCAGACUCGUUGGCGUUCGCCGUGACGUUCGUCGAGGAAAAGGUGUACUACGUCUGCUUUAGCUGGAGCGUGCCCGACUCGACGAUCAACGAGACGAUCCAGGUUGAGGAAUGGGUGCACCAAGGCAACAAGGAGUACCAACGGAUUUCGGUCGAGAGGUUUGUACAGGAAAACUAUAUGCCGUUGCCGUUGCAGAUCAUCUUUCUCUGCUUUCUGCUGGUACUGUCUGGCCUGUUCAGCGGCCUGAACCUCGGCCUGAUGACGUUGAACAAAACCGAGUUGAAAAUCAUCCUGAAAUGUGGCGACAAAAAAGAACGUAAGUUUGCUGAGAAGAUCUAUCCUGUUCGAAAGUCCGGCAACUAUUUGUUGUGCACGUUGUUGAUCGGUAACGUGAUCGUGAACAGCUCCAUAAGCAUUCUGUUCGACGACCUGACGUCUGGCUACAUCGCGCUGCUCGUGUCGUCGUUUGGCAUCGUCAUAUUCGGCGAAAUCGUGCCUCAGGCGGUGUGCAGCCGGUAUGGCCUGGCGGUCGGCGCGUACACUGUGUGGAUAACGAAGUUUUUCAUGGUGCUGACCAGUCCGAUGAGCUGGCCAAUCAGUCGCAUACUGGACAAGGUGCUCGGUGAGGAGGUGUCCGAAGUGUACAACCGCGAUCACCUGCUCGAGUUGAUCCGCUUGUCCAAAGAACAAGAGUCCGACCUGAGAAACUGUCAGGAGGUACAGAUCGUCACUGGUGCUCUGGAACUAAGUCAUAAACGAGUGUGUGACGUGAUGGUGAACAUUCACGACGUGUACACGCUGUCGUCAGACGCCGUGCUCGAUCCGGCGACCGUCAACGAAAUUGUGCGCAUCGGAUACACCCGAAUUCCGGUACACGAGAGUUCAUCGAAAAGCAACAUCAUCGGCAUUCUGAACGUAAAAGAUCUGGCGCUGCUCGAUCCGGAAGACCUGAUACCGUUGAACACGAUCUGCAAGUUCUAUCAUCAUCCGGUUCGGUUCGUGAUGGAAGACACGCCGCUGUCGAUCAUGCUCGAAGAAUUUCGCAAAGGGAACUAUCACAUGGCUAUUGUUCAGCGUAUAAACUCAGAGGGUGACGGCGACCCGGUGUACGAGAACAUCGGUAUGGUCACUCUGGAGGACAUCAUCGAGGAGAUCAUUCAAAUGGAGAUCAUGGACGAGUUCGACGUGAUUCGCGAGAACCGGCGCCGACGAAAAUUGAAAGCCUCCACCAUCACAACCGGUCGCGACCCGGACAACCCGUUCUUCAACCCAGACGAAGAGGCGUGCGCGCUGAGCAGCCAGCUGGCAUUGGCUGCCUUUCAGUACCUGAGCGCAAACUUCGACGCGUUUCGUUUCAGCCUCAUCAGUGAACAGGUACUGCAGCGUCUGAUUCGUCAGAACGUGAGGCGCGUUAAGCCGGAGGAAAAUUAUGACCUGCCCAAGUACCUGUACCAGAAAGGCAAGGAGGCAUGUCACUUCGUGCUGCUGCUCGAGGGCCACGCAUCGAUCACUGUCGGUCAGUCAGACCUGCACAUGUCGUCGAACAUCAACUGCAACCUCGAAACGAUGACCACGUUAAGGAAGCCGACGUUCAUUCCUGAUUUCACGCUCAAGAUCACGCACGAAAUCGCCUAUCUGCGCCUGACGGCCGCCGCGUACCUCACCGCUUACCGGGCUACUCUCAUUGAGCGGGGUGCCGGCUCGCAGCGCCUAACCAUGCCCAGUUCGACGACGGUGUCGAACGUGAACUCCGUUGUGAGUCUGCCAAACGUAAAACUGUUGAAGCCGCCGCGCAUCUCUAAGCCUCCCAACUCCGAGACGUCGAAUGAAGACUGUCGAGGCGAGGGCGACUCAUUCACCGAAUACGUGACUCAGGCUUGCAGGUCAUCACCAAACCUGAGAAAGCCUCCUCUUUCGGUCGUGUGCUUGGAUACAAGCAAAGGACUCGACGAACACAGCGGUGCAAUUUGUUAA